AUGGCUGAUGAUAAUUCGGUAGCUCUCCAAACUAUCAGCAAUGAAAGCUUGAAUCUGGAAACGGCACAUAUUGAAGAAGUUUUUACCAAUCUCACAUGUACGAAAGAGGGGUUGAGCUCUGAAGAAGCACUUGCACGACUUACGAGGUUUGGUUACAACAAACUUGAAGAGAAAAAGGAAAAUAAAAUACUCAAGUUCUUGGGAUUUAUGUGGAAUCCAUUGUCAUGGGUCAUGGAAGCUGCUGCCAUCAUGGCCAUUGCUCUGGCACAUGGAGGAGGCAAGCCGGCGGAUUAUCCUGAUUUCGUGGGGAUUGUGGUCUUACUUGUGAUAAACUCGACUAUUAGUUUCAUAGAAGAAAACAAUGCAGGCAAUGCAGCUGCUGCUCUCAUGGCUCGUCUGGCACUUAAAGCGAGGGUCCGCCGUGAUAACGAAUGGAAUGAGAUAGAUGCAGCUGUGUUGGUUCCAGGAGAUAUAAUUAGUAUCAGACUUGGAGUUAUCGUUCCUGCUGAUGCUCGUCUUCUUGAAGGAGACCCUAUAAAGAUUGACCAGUCAGCACUUACAGGCGAAUCUCUUCCUGUGACAAAAAACCCUGAUCAUUUAGUGUACUCUGGUUCAACCUGCAAGCAAGGUGAAAUAGAAGCAGUUGUGGUCGCUACUGGGGUUCACUCUUUCUUUGGUAGGGCAGCUCAUCUUGUGGAGAAUACUAUCCACGUUGGUCAUUUCCAGAAGGUUUUGACAUCAAUAGGAAACUUUUGUAUCUGCUCAAUUGGAGUUGGAAUGGCGAUUGAAAUUAUUGUUAUAUAUGGUCUCCAAAAAAGAGGCUAUCGUGUUGGUAUCGAUAACCUUCUUGUCUUGCUGAUUGGUGGGAUCCCCAUCGCAAUGCCUACUGUCUUAUCUGUUACAAUGGCAAUCGGUGCGCACCGCUUGUCUCAGCAGGGUGCCAUAACAAAGAGGAUGACAGCAAUUGAAGAAAUGGCAGGAAUGGAUGUUCUGUGUAGUGAUAAAACUGGCACUCUCACGUUAAACCAGCUUACUGUGGACAGAAAGCUGAUCGAGAUUUUCAAGGAGGGGGUUGACCAUGAUAUGGUUGUGCUUAUGGCUGCUAGAGCUGCACGUUUAGAAAAUCAGGAUGCAAUCGAUACUGCAAUUGUUUCGAUGCUGGGAGAUCCAAGAGAGGCACGUGCCGGAAUUGAAGAACUCCAUUUUCUUCCAUUCAGUCCAGCUAAUAGAAGGACAGCGAUUACUUAUCGAGAUGGCGAAGGAAGAGUGCAUCGCGUGAGCAAAGGCGCACCUGAAGAGAUUUUGGACAUGGUCCACAACAAAUCAGAAAUCAAGAACGGGGUACAUUCGUUUAUCGAGAAGUUUGCUGAACGGGGUCUAAGAUCCCUUGGAUUGGCUUACCAGGAAGUACCAGAUGGCGAUAUUAAAGGCCAGGGUGGUCCAUGGGAAUUCAUAGCUCUUCUUCCUCUGUUUGAUCCUCCUCGCCAUGACAGUGCUCAGACAAUUGAGCGAGCUCUUCAGCUUGGAGUCAGUGUUAAAAUGAUCACAGGUGACCAGCUUGCGAUUGCCAAAGAAACAGGAAGAAGGCUUGGAAUGGGCACAAAUAUGUACCCAUUUUCCGCUUUGCUUGGUGGAAGUGAAGCAGAAUCAACAAUGCUCAUGGAUGAACUCGUUGAAAAAGCAGAUGGUUUUGCAGGAGUCUUUCCCGAGCACAAGUAUGAGAUCGUAAGGAGACUACAAGCCAAAAAGCACAUUUGCGGUAUGACUGGUGAUGGAGUGAACGAUGCACCUGCCUUGAAGAUAGCAGAUAUUGGAAUCGCUGUGGAUGAUGCCACGGAUGCUGCUCGUGGUGCUUCUGAUAUUGUCUUAACAGAACCAGGGCUAAGUGUUAUCAUCAGUGCUGUCUUGACUAGCCGUGCAAUUUUCCAGAGAAUGAAGAAUUACACGAUAUAUGCUGUUUCAAUCACUAUACGUAUUGUGAUGGGUUUCAUGCUUUUAUGUGUCUUCUGGAAAUUUGACUUCCCUCCGUUCAUGGUUCUUGUAAUUGCAAUCCUUAACGAUGGUACUAUAAUGACAAUAUCCAAGGAUAGGGUAAAGCCUUCUCCAACACCAGAUUGUUGGAAACUCAAGGAAAUAUUUGCUACCGGUGUUAUCCUUGGAACUUACUUGGCACUGAUGACAGUCAUUUUUUUCUGGGCAGCUUAUGAAACCAACUUCUUCACUAAUAUAUUCCCGGUGAGGGAUUUCAACCAGCACCAUUUCAACAUGACAGACAAGAAAGUGGCUGCAAAGCUGAAUGAAGAGAUGGCCUCCGCGGUGUACCUUCAAGUAAGCACGAUUAGCCAAGCGCUAAUCUUUGUGACCCGUUCCAGGAGCUGGUCAUUUGUUGAGCGGCCUGGUUAUCUUCUUGUAUUCGCCUUCGUAGUUGCACAGCUGAUUGCAUCGGUAAUAGCAGCGAUGGCAGACUGGAAAUUUGCUGGAAUCAAAAGUAUUGGAUGGGGUUGGACUGGAGUUAUAUGGAUAUACAACAUAGCAACAUACAUGUUACUUGAUCCAAUCAAAUUUGCUGUUCGUUAUGGUCUAAGUGGCAAACCUUGGACACGAAUGUUUGAGCAGAGGAUUGCACUCACAGGCAGGAGAGACUUUGGUCAAGAACAACGCGUAGCUGCUUGGGCGUCUGAGCAGAGAACACUCCACGGGCUCGAUAACCCGCUCGAAGCACCUGGAAGCAGUUCAAGGGAUCUCAUGGCUGAAGAAAGCAUAAGGCGAGCUGAACUUGCAAGAAUGAGUGAGGUUCAAAAGCUGAAAGGAAAAGAAGAGUCUUCAUCACCUGUUGCAUCAACUUCGCAAAACUAA